AUGUUCCAUGUGCGGGAUACUAUACGUCAGUAUAUCACAUCUCGUAACAUCAUUAUUGUAUUAAAGAUUGCAACAAAACAACAACCACUGCGAACAUGUGCAGCUCCCGCACCACCACAAACUCCCAAUAAAACGGCAAUAGAAACUUUCAAAGAGAAAACACCGGAACAUUCUCUAAAGGCACCGACACAAUCAGAUGUAACCGUUAAAAUGAUUUCCUUGCAAGCGACACAACCUGAUACAGCAAAACGGGAAAAUAAAGGUGAGAAAUUGUGGAUUAAUAAAACACAAUCAGAAACGGACUUCGAAGAUAUAUCGUUAGUAACAUCAAUAAUGAUCGAUAAAACGCAAGCAAGCAUUUCACAGCGAGUAGAUGACAGUGCUGAUACCGGUGAAUAUGUGGAUGAUCUUCCGGAAGAACACGAACAAAGUAGUAGUGAAUAA